GCCAAUCUUUGUUUUAUCUCUCAGUUGAUAACUGGUUGGUUCAAAAUUGCAAAUGAAUUCCUUGGCAUCUUCACUUGGCACUUGCAGUCCCAGAAACUUGAAAACACCCAACAUUUUGCUCCAAAGGGAUCAUCUCAGCAAAUCAGAAGCACCAAAACUCAAUAUCUUAAGCCACCCACACAGGAGCUUUUCUUCUUCUUCUUCUUCUUCUUCUUCCCAACAACUGCAGAAUAAUGAGAAGCCAAAUUUGUUCAGCAGAAGAGAAGCAAUUGGUUUUGGCUUCUGCUUUGGGCUUCUUGAUGUGCUUUUGCUUCCUCAGCCCACAAAAGCAGCUGAGGGGGCAGCAGCUUGUGAGCUAACCGUGGCUCCAUCUGGCCUUGCUUUCUGUGACAAAGUUGUGGGGUAUGGCCCUGAGGCUGUUCAAGGACAGCUGAUUAAGGCACACUAUGUUGGGAAAUUGGAGAAUGGAAAGGUGUUUGACAGCAGCUACAAUCGUGGGAAACCUCUUACUUUUCGUGUCGGUGUUGGUGAGGUCAUCAAAGGGUGGGAUCAAGGUAUUCUAGGCGGUGAUGGGAUUCCUCCAAUGCUUGCGGGGGGGAAACGCGUGUUGAAGCUUCCUCCGGAACUUGCGUAUGGUGGAAGAGGAGCUGGGUGUAGAGGAGGCUCGUGUAUCAUUCCACCAGAUUCAGUUCUUCUGUUUGAUGUGGAAUUCGUAGGCAAGCCAUGAGAUCGAAGCGACCGAGGAGAGAGGAAGCAGACUACCACUUGAUCUUGUGAAUUGGUUUACUAGUGGUAAAAUGGAAGUCCGAUACUCCGUGUCUUCUUGUUCUGUGGAUAUCAGUAAAUUCUUAUGAGAAGAAGAGUACGAGAUUUAUGGCCAUUAUUCACUAUAAACUGCUCAAUUCCCCUCCUCUUUCAUUUUAGUCCUCACUUAACCGAUCAUCUAAGUUUAUUUCGUUUUUGGCUCCCAUCUUAAAUCAGAGAAAAUGUGUUUUGUGACUGUAAUAUUGUCACUAGCCUACGCAUUAUAACAUUGGUGAGCGACAGAGUUUAUAUUUCAUGAUAUAAUAUAUGCAAGCUAUAAUAUAUAUGGGUUGAAAAGA